CUGAGUUUGGGCAACUAGAACAACAGUUCGCGGCUGGCAGCGCACCGGUUCAUGUUUUCCCGACAUGUCGGUUUGAAGCUGGUCGCGCGAGUGCUUCUACGACACGUUUCACACCGUUCAGGAUAAGAACCGUAGAAUCCAAUGGGAAAGACUUGAGUUCGUUGGUGGUAGGAAUUCGCUGGAAUUUUCGUCGGUUCGUUAAACAAAGGGAACCUAACAGCGAUGUGCGUGUCUAAAAAGAGGUGUUCAGUGUGGCAACGAUCGGGAUAGUGUAGAAGAAACUGACCGUGGUGGGCGAGAGAAAGAUCGGUAUAGUGAGAGGACGAGGUGGGGCGGUAACAAGCAGAGAAAGAGAAGGAAAAAAGUACUUGUGCACACAGAGGAAGACGCGCGCGCGCGCGCGCGCGUGUCUAUGUACCGUACAUGAAUGUAUACACAUAUCUGUACGUAUAUAGAAAGAGACGACGAAGAGAAGGGGGUGUGAGGAAGGCGGAGGGUGGGGAGACAGCGAGGAAGCGAGUCGACGAGCGAGCGAGGGAACAAGGAAACCCAGAAAAGAACAAAGACAGAACGAAAAACGUGUAAAAGAAGAGAAACGCGAAUUAAAAAAAUACGCUGCUGGUGUUCCAUGUGCGACGCGAUGUUUGCGUAAACUGCAAAACGACCGAUAUACCCUCUUCCUUUUUCUAUUUCUAUCCCUCUUUCUCUAAUAUUCAAGAUAUAUUACAUUCGUCGAAGACACAAAGCCGUUUUCAUCGAUGCAUCGACAUGAUCGAAGCAACAGUGAGCUGACUGAUGCGCGUCAACUUCGAAUUAAUAUAUCCACGGAAGGGUUCGUUCGAUUGGAGCAUGUAUUACGUACUAUUCGAGAUUAUCGAAUAAGGAGGAAAGCGGAAAGAAAGAGACGGAAGAAAAAACCUACCAGGCAAGAAUAAAGAAGAAAGGAGGGAGGGCGGGAGAGAGAGAGAGAGAGAGAGAGAGAGAGAGAGAGGAGACGAACAGAAACGGAAAGGGGAAUUCGUCCCAAAGUCGGACAAGUGUAAGACCCCGUGUAUAUGUGUGACUCCGCGUCUAUGUACACAUACACUGGACAAUAUGGAGGAAAGUCAUCUGUUGAUGACGGAACUUCCGGCGUUAACGGCGAACCGAGGCACGACGUUGCUUCAUCGUUCGGGACACUAUUAUCAAUUACAUCAGCCGCACCUGGCGAUCCCGACAUCGCAGAGCCAGGCAAUUCUUUACAACACGAGUAACGCGGCGCAUUAUACUAGCGGCACACCGAGCUUGCCAGCGUACGCGCAAGGUCUCUCGAGACAACAGUCUCAGGCGAAUCGCGAGAGCAUCGCGGCCAGUACCCACAUUUCGUGCCUCUAUCCCGAAAUUCUGGCCCUGAUUUUCAGCUAUCUGGAGGUUAGGGACAAAGGACGCGCGGCACAAGUGUGCGUCGCGUGGAGGGACGCGGCGUAUCACAGGUCCGUCUGGCGCGGAGUCGAGGCGAAAUUGCAUCUAAGGAAACAGGCACCGGCGUUGUUCGCUAGUCUGGUCAAGAGGGGGGUGAAAAGGGUCCAAGUGUUGUCGCUGAGAAGAGGCCUGGGCGAUGUUUUGAAAGGUGUACCGAACUUGGAGUCCCUGAACCUCUCCGGCUGUUACAACGUCAACGACUUGGCCCUGAUGAAAGCCUUUUCCCAGGAGUACACUACCCUGACGGAACUGAAUUUGUCCUUGUGCAAACAAGUAUCGGACAUUUCGCUAACUUGGAUAUCGAAAUACUUGCAGAAUCUCGAGCAUCUGGAGCUCGGCGGUUGCAGAAACAUUACCAACGAUGGACUGUUGUGCAUAUCGUGGUACCUAAAGAAACUAAAGAGACUCGAUCUACGAAGUUGUUGGCAAGUGUGCAACGACGGUAUCGCUUACGUGGCCGGUAUUCUUCCCCAGACACCAGGAGCGAAUUUUUUAAUGGAACAGUUGGCCGGCAUCGUGGACUUCAACCCGGCUGGCGGCAACUUCGCCCUGGAAUAUCUCAGUCUUCAGGAUUGUCAACGGGUCACCGACGAGGCGCUCCGGCAUUUAUCCACCGGCUUGACCACACUGAAGUACAUCAAUCUUUCGUUCUGCGUCUGUAUAGGCGACACGGGGGUCAAACACCUCGCCAAGAUGUCCAGCCUGAGAGAGCUGAAUCUUCGAUCCUGCGACAACAUUUCGGACGUCGGGAUGGCUUAUCUCGCGGAAGGCGGCAGCCGGGUUUCAUCGUUAGACGUGUCGUUCUGCGACAAGAUCAGCGACCAGGCGCUUGUUCACAUCUCCCAGGGACUUUUUAACUUGAAGUCUCUCUCGUUGUCUGCCUGCCAAAUCAGCGACGAGGGGAUCUGCAAGAUCGCUCAGACAUUGCACGACUUGGAGACGCUCAACAUCGGUCAGUGUAGUAGGCUAACGGACAAAGGGCUCUACACGAUCGCGGAGAGCAUGAAACACCUGAAAUGCAUCGACCUUUACGGAUGCACCAGGAUAAGUACCAACGGACUCGAAAAAAUUAUGAAACUGCCUCAGCUGAGUACGUUGAAUCUUGGUCUAUGGCACGUGCGGUGAUGGCUUUUUCUAAGCAGUAUUCGCGUCCUUCGUGAACGAGCAAGGUAUUUCCUCGCUCUUUCGCUCGAUGGUGUAUCCGAUUUUUUCCUAACCGUCACUUUUGACACUUUUGCAAAGAUUCUCGGCCAAGGAACACCUUCUACGCUCCAAUCUUCUUCGCGAUGCGAUCGCAUAACGUUCCUGUUCCGCGUACUUCUGGUCGCCGUCGCCGUGGUCGCGCGACCACGCCGACCCUGAGAGAGAUCUAGUAGACAUUCUGUAAUUCCGAUUUUUGUUGUUUCCUUUGCUCGAUCGUUGCAAGCUCAGAAAACGGAUUCAGGUGUUGUAUUCUUCAAUGUCAGAGUUUCUAGGGGAAAAUGACUUUUUGCAGAAAUCCAUCUCUAAACUAUUCAACCCUCCGCUCAUCGUAUACACUUGUUACUGAGUAAUAUAGGGUAAUGAUGUAAUGUCGUACGCGUCAACCGUGCCACUAGUUGAGACGUCCUUUUUCUUCUUGCUUUUCUUCUCCUUCUUCUCCUCCUCCUCCUUCUUCUUCUUCUUCUUCUUCUUCUUCUUCUACUU